AUGAAUUUUGCUUCACCGGAAAAUAUUAAAAUCAUUAAACUUUUACGAUCCAAUAUAAUUCCUCCCGAAUCAAUACAGAACAUGCGAUUACACAUCAAAUCGUUAAUAGUUGAAGCCGAACAAGAUAAUUCUAAUCAUGAUAAUGUAGAUGGAGCCAUUAAAGUCGUUGCACUUAUUGAUUGUUGUAUUAGAGAAUUAUCAAAGUUUGAUAUAAAUUAUUUUCAGGGACCAGAAGAUGGACGUGCGUUUAUACAUGAUUUAAUUACUGAGAAUUCGGCAUUUGUGGAUAUUAAUUUUGACAACUUAAAAUCACGAUUAAAAAUGAAUCCAAAAAUCGUUGCCACUUCUUCUUCUACUACUACCACCACCGUUACUGAGAAACCUGAUGGAGGUGAUCCAACAAACUAUUGCUCAAUCAUGCAUUCCUCAGGAUCUAUUAUUCUUGGUGCAACCGAGAAACCAGACGGAGGUGAUCCAACCAACCAGUGCUCUAUCAUGUAA